UUUAUUUAUUUACAGGCGGCGCGUCAGGGUAAACCGCGCCUACUUUGUAUGACGGAAAUGACGAAAUUUAAACAGUUUUCAUCUCGCAUGGCUCUUGCGCAACUUCAUAACAAAACAUAAGAGGUCGUUCUUGCGCAAAUACAAUACAAUGUACAUAAUAUAUAUUUUAAUCAAAAAUUUGUCUAAUUAUUAUUUAAGAUACAUUUAAUAAACUGCAUUUACUCUCACAGUUUUCUCAGCCCUGAAAGGGUGAUAUGAAAGACACGUUUUUUUUUCAGACAUUGUAUAUAUAUUUUUCUUCUCUUUUGUUAUGUUCAUUCUCUAUUGUGUUUAUGUGUUGCUUUGCUGUUGUUUAUCUCUCUGGCAGUGUCAAUCAAAAUGAAAUUAUUUCCCCAUAAUUUUUAUUUUACCAAAUGUUGUGGCCAGGGAAAUCUUGAGUUACAGGGCCCGCAUGCAUACUUGGUAAGGCUCAUGUAACUGACCUGCACAGGGACGGUUCGCAAUGGGCUAAUCCUUAUGCUGUUAUGUCACAGUUUAUCGAUUGUAUUUUGUGGCAACGAUACACAAUCAAUAACAUUUAAGAAUCAAGAUGACCAGUUGUCUAAUCCAAAUUGUCUCAAUCCAAAUUUGUGUGUGGGUCCAGAGAGAAAAUUAAUCCAGGUGAAAUUGGAAGAAAAGAGGGCGGAGGAGGGUGGGUGUCCAAGCAAGUGCUCGCCUAAUCCAGAAUUAUCCUGUGAGUCAGACGUGACAGGACACAGAAUAAUCUGUCGCAAACUAAACAAGCAGAGGAACACGGUCUGUUACAUCGUAGGAGACCAACAAAAAAAGUUUUGUUCCUGUUCCUCAACCUGUAUUUGGACCAGAGGUGACAAACAUGGCACUCAUGAGGUCAGGCUGGCUUUGGAGACAGAGUGAGUACAGUCGGUGUCGAUGUCAACCGAACAAGCGUUACUUAUUACUGGAGUGAUCGAGCGUGUUUCCUUCUGUCUAGCGUCUGUGCUGAAGCGCUGGAAGUUGAACUGGUGUGACCUCUGGGUGGACGGCAGUCUUUGCUUCUACAAAAGCGACAGCCGUCGAGAGCUGGAGCACCGCGUCAACCUCAAACUCACGUGCAUAGAUGUUCGCUGCGGCCUAGAAUGUCGAGGGGUGACGCCUCCCGAGACGAACCCCCAGGAGAACGUCAUUGUUGUGCAAUUCAAGGACAGCUCGGCGUUGAACCUGUGCGCCAACACCGAGGACGAGUCCAUCGCAUGGAAACUGACCAUGCUGGAGACCAGGAGGAACCCGGCGUUCAUUUACAAUCCCUACGAUGAUUCCUAUCAGGCCAUACCGCUCAACCACUAUCACACAAUCUAUGUGACGUCUGGAGCAGGAUCAGGCACCCAUCAGGUGAUUGUUCAGAGGGAUCCUUUCGACGGGGUGUUUGACCACCUGGCCAUGGGACUACUGGCAGGCAUGGCGGCGGGAGCGGCCAUGCGAUCCUUCCUUUGGGCACCCGUGUUUUUCUGCUGAGAUUUAAUGCUGCACCAUCACCUGCUCUUUUGGUUGUUGUGCACUUGAUCACACGUAGUCGCUGCCGCUGUGUGACUUUGUUUUUUCUGGAUUGCGUUUAAAGUACAAAACAUAAACCACAUGGACUAAAGUGCCUGUUUUGUUUUUAUUAUUAAUUAUGUUCAAACGUCUCAGCCCACCAUCAGAGUUGUUUUUGCAAUGUUAUAAGGACCACAAAGAGCAGUGACCUCCGCCAAGAAUAACCUUAUGAAAA